GGAGGCUCCUCGGAGCCCCGGGCCGGGGGAUGACCCGCGGGGCGGACGUGCCACUCGGACCGCGGCCCUGACCGAGGCCCCAGGGCAGCUCCGCGUCCCUCCGUGAGGAAGUCCGCGGCCGCUCGGGAGUUGGCCGAGGCCUGGAAGUGGCCACGAUUGACAUUAAAAUGGGUUUCCGAGUGUUCUCUGGAGGAGCAGCUGUGUAUUUCCGGAAAAACCAGUUCAGGCAAGCGCCGUGCUGGCAGAGGACCGGGUGGUUUAUUGAGCAUCUAAGUGCUGUGGGCACUGGCCGUGCAGGACGGGGCACGGCAGUCCCUGCUCUCUCAGACCUCCGUCUUUCUGCAACACGGUGUGACCCCGUUCUGCGGUGUCGGGAAAGCCCAAGGCAGCGCUACUGUUGGCUGCGGUGGGCUGGGGGCGCUGCAGAGGCGGCGGCGGAGAGCCGGGCAGUGGCGGGGCUGUCACAGGAAUCUUACCCAUCGUCUUCACCAAUAUGGUUUGUGGACUCUGAUGACCCAAAUCUGACCUCAGUUCUGGAACGUCUAGAAGACACUAAGAACAACAGUUCGCUUCGUCAGCAAUUGAAGUGGUUGAUAUGUGAACUCUGCAGAUUAUAUAACCUUCCUAAGCACCUGGAUGUUGAGAUGCUAGAUCAACCCCUACCCACGGGUCAGAAUGGGACAACAGAAGAAGUGACUUCGGAAGAGGAAGAAGAGGAAGAGAUGGGUGAAGAUAUAGAAGACUUGGAUCACUAUGAGAUGAAGGAAGAGGAGCCUAUUAGUGGGAAAAAGUCAGAGGAUGAAGGAAUUGAAAAGGAAAAUUUGGCAAUACUAGAGAAAAUUAGGAAGACUCAAAGGCAAGACCACCUGAACGGCGCCGUGUCCGGGUCUGUGCAAGCCUCCGACAGGCUCAUGAAGGAGCUCAGGGACAUAUACCGGUCGCAGAGUUACAAAGCAGGGAUUUACUCCGUGGAACUCAUAAAUGACAGUUUGUACGAUUGGCAUGUGAAGCUGCAGAAGGUUGAUCCCGAUAGUCCUUUGCACAGUGAUCUUCAGAUCUUAAAAGAAAAAGAAGGCAUAGAAUAUAUUUUGCUUAACUUCUCUUUUAAGGAUAACUUUCCGUUUGACCCUCCAUUUGUUCGAGUGGUAUUACCCGUUCUCUCUGGAGGGUACGUGUUAGGGGGCGGUGCGCUAUGUAUGGAACUUCUCACGAAACAGGGCUGGAGCAGCGCCUACUCGAUAGAGUCGGUCAUCAUGCAGAUCAACGCCACGCUAGUCAAAGGCAAAGCCAGAGUGCAGUUUGGAGCCAAUAAGAAUCAAUAUAAUCUAGCAAGAGCCCAACAAUCUUAUAAUUCCAUUGUACAGAUACACGAGAAAAAUGGCUGGUACACCCCCCCGAAGGAAGAUGGCUAAGUGUACUGACUGUCGUGUGUUUGGACCAAUGUUGCUUUAAAGAAAAUCUUUCCAACGAGCAGACAAGCUUUGGGUGCCCCCGUCACAGCCGUACUGAAGACGUUAGCUCAUAGAUAUUUUAGUGGAUAAUCUGUCAACUGACAUCCUAUAUAAGUUAUAGCCUUCUCAUUUUGCUCAUUUUAUUCUCUUGGACUGAGCAGUGGGGCUUCACUGUAUUUUUCCUGAUAAAUACACACACUGGCUACUCCUGAUCAUCUCUUUUUCUUAAACAAUGAAAUCUGUUAAGCAGCAAGCCAGCAUCAGGUAACUGAAGCUGUGACUUUAGGGUAACUUUUCCAUAAUGAGCGCGUGUGUUACCAGGACUUGCAGUAUGUUGUUCCAUUCAGAGCCAAUAAAGGUCUAUUUGCUGUUUAAUAUUGGUUUAGAAAAUUUAAGGUCUUCAACAUCAUAGUAGCCUUUUCAGAUUUAAACCAUUUUAUGAUAUUGCCAAAAUGAUGAUAGGAAACCUACUCAAUAAAUUGUUAAAUGUUUUUAUGACCACGUGAAGAUAUGAGCUGUUUCCCGAAGAUAUGCUCUUACCUGAGUUGCGUUGUACUUCUCAGGCAAAGUGAAGCAGGGCUGGGCCAAGUAGGCGAGUAAGGCCUGCAGUCGUGAUUUCCACUGGGGCAUCGCUGUCUUGCUGGGCUGAAUCUGUUUAUUGGUUCAGGAUGUCUUCUGAAGGUCUGCAGUAUAGAUCUUGAAGUUAUUUAAAAUACUAAGUCAUUUUACAUUUCCAUUUUA